CUCACUGAUGACAGAGGAAAUGGGCUGACACAUAAGGGUUACUCAUCUGGCUGUCAUGCAUUGUAUAUAGGUUUCCUGUGUGCAUUCAAAUUCCAACAAUUGAAUUUAUUUUUCAAGAAGAAGAAGGGGAACCGAGACAAUAUGGGAGCAUCUUCUUCUGGCUUGUUGGAUGAGGCCAAAAUCAGCCACAUUCAAGGACUUGUUGACAGUACGUUCCAGAGCUUCAGUGUGUUUUACCGUCAGCAGUACUCUUCAGCCUAUGUCGGACACUUACACCAGGAGCUGGAGCCUAGGAAAGAGGGGAGGGGCCUGUUGCUCACACAGAGGCCUCAGUAUGCUCCAGAAGAGGCGCUGUACCAAGGCAAUGUUAAGUUCUCCUGCUGGGACGAGCAGGGAAAGAAAUGCAGAGAGAGGUACGCUGUCCUGAGAAGAGACUACCAAGUGGAGAUACAUGAAAACAAAGAGUCUUUCGAUCGUGGAUGUGCCGCUAAGUUGAUCCUCAAGCCCGCGGGAGGCAGAGUGCUGACCACAGAGGAGGAGUCCAGAGCUCACCUGGAGCAAAUUUGUACCGGAAUACUCAAUGGAGUGAAGGAGGAUUCUUCUUCAGUGGUGUCAUCUCCAGAUGUGUUUGCUGUGUAUCUGCACCUGCCCUACACAGGCCACACCUGCUUUCUCUUCCAACAGGAAGAGGAACGAGAUCACUUCCUGUCUGCGCUCAAGACCUGCAUUAGACACAGAAACCUUGAUCCCUGGCGUGAGUCCUCCUAUGAGAGUGAGGCGUUCAUCCGAGCACUCAGAAUCUACCGACAGGACAAAGGAUGCUACGAAUCCUGGGAAAUGCUGCUGGGCACUGAGGAACAAGUUCUGGCCUCCCAGGUGAUGGAGGAAGUGUUGCCAUGGUUACAGAGUCAGCUUCAGUCCAGAGUGAAGGGCAAGAAGAUUGAAAGGAUACGACAGUGGUUGGCUACAGUGCAUGCAACCUACACGUUGGUGCUGGAGAUGCUAACAGCAAGUUUGGAGAUUCUGAGGGACGAGUGUCGUCAGACAGCAUUAGCCAAUCAGGCGGUCAUCAGAUCCAACCUGGACCAGAUCAUGUCCUCUCUGUCCUACCUGGACCAGAAAGUCAGAGUGUGUAUAUGUGAAGAAGCAGCGAAAGUCUACAGCGAGUUGGUUGCACCCUAUAUGUCGUCCAUUCUUGAAGUGCUUACUGAGAACAUAAGUGCAAGUAUCCAGGGGAUGCAACACACACUGCACACGCAGAUGGACUCGGCCCUCACACACACAGGUGGAGGGACAGAAGAGACAAAGAAGGCCUUGUUGCCCCUGCGCUUCAUCAGUCUGGAUCAGUGCUACAGGCAGGUGAAGAACCUGACAGAGAUCCUCGCUGACUUAAAACAGCGGUUUGGAUUGAGCAGCACUCAGAGGCUGGUUCACUCGGCACAUCUGGAGAUGGAGCGGCUGCUGGACAGUGCUGUGUACACCUUGGAGCUGUUCCUCCAAUCAGCAGCCAGACUGCAGCCUUCUCAAGUGCCUGUCAAGAUGGAUAGGGAUAAAGAAAGAGUGCUGAAGCAGCUGGACUACGACAGCAGAGUCGUCCAGAGGAGGCUCUAUCAGGAAGCCCUGCUGGAGAUCACUCUGCCCGCUCUCGCCAGGAGGAUGGACAGCAAGUGGAAAACUGAGCUGCAGCAGUUUGAGCAGUACAUCUUCUCUGACUACAGCAGUUUCAUCCUGGUGCAGAACGUCUACGAUGAUGUACUGAGAACCAUCCUGAGUACAGAGAUAGAAACAGUGGUGCAGGAUCCUGCCGGUACGAAGAGCGACAAUCUCUUACUGGGCACUUCAGAUCUGUCCGUCAGUGAGUACAGCCUCUUGGGACAGACGCCUCCUUGCUCUGCACCAGGCAGCCCAGCCAGUCGCGCUCAAGGUUCUUCCUCAGCUGGGCACAGUGCAGAUAGAGAGUCUGCUCCUGAAGAAGAGGAGGGGGCUCAGAUGGUCACAGCUCAGCCUCAGAGUGACCCAGAACCUAACGCUGCAGCUGGAUUGGAUCUCAGUAGCAGUCAAAGUUCAGACCACAGCAAAGUGCCUCUAUCGCCUGUGAUUGUCGUGACACGACAGUCCGAUGUUCCUCCAACUGAGGAGGCUUCUCCCUCUGAGGAAAUCCAUGAAGACCUUCGACCUGGAACGGACACCCCAUCGACGACAGACUCGGUCUCAUCUGAGUCUGGAACACCUGACGCCUCUACAGUACCAGAAUCCGCUAACCCCACCCCGGCCUCCCCUGAGCCUUCAACGUGCAUUCUCUCCUCGCCGCAGUCCACAGAUGUCGCGGCCAAAUGUGCUCAAAGCGAUCAAUCCGCAACGCAUGAGAAUCCUGCUACUUCAGAUCAAAUAUCAGAGGAUGCUCUUACUGUUCAGCCCUCCUGCCCUUCACCACCACUCCAACCCUGCACAGAGAGUCCAACGAAAAUCAGCCUCGAGUCCCUGAACCAGGCAAUCGGUUGCGACGCCACAGCCCCCUAUGUGAUGCAGACGAUGGCACAGGGGACAACUGACAGAGCUGUCUACCUGACUGGGGAAAUUAAGGCCAGCUGGGAGGUGGAGAGGUCAAAAGAGGAGAAACAGAGAGAGGCAGAGGCAGGAGAGAAGGCGGAAGGGAGGGUGGAUGAUGAAGAGAAAGGCAUUGAGCUCGAGGACAGAAAAGAUGAGCAGCAGGAAGCAGAGGUGGAUGGGGAAGGAAAAGAAGAAGAGGAAGUGGAAGAGGAGCUCCCCCAAAGCACUCAGCCAAUGGAAUCGCAGACAGAAGGUUCUGCAGGGCUGCAUUUGGACAGUGUGGCUAUCAUCAGAGACCUCGUGACAGAGGUCAUUGAAGUGGAGACGGUCGUGAGCCCCUGUCCCGACAGCAGCAGCACCCUCUGACAGUCACAUGAAACAGGACGACUGCAGACCCUGACUGAUGGGACAAAGAAGAGAGAGAGGUAAACAAGAUGAAGUGAGAACAGCAAGGGGGAAAUUUAAACCCAUUCCAUUAUUUCCGCGUCACAUUUUUAUACUACUACUUGAAGAAGAAGCCUAGUAAAUAUGUUGUCGGCAUUGUGUUCUUGAAGCUACUUUAAUUGAUUGUUUGACUACUUCAUGAGGCUGUUAUUGUAAAGUGAAUGUGUCCAUUUACAUAGCCAAGGCCCACAGAGCAACAUUAGCUCAUAUUUCUUGUCACCUGAUGAAUGCAAGUCAACAUUCACUCUCUGUGAUUUAGUUAUCGGCACUGACUCCUGAGCAAAAUAUCUUGUUCUGUAGCUGCCAAAUGCUCCACUGGGUUCACCAGCAAGUCGCUGACUUUGUCUGCGGCGUCAUUAAUACAAGCAUACCCUGCAUACUGUAUAUACCCCAAUCAGGCUAACAUGAUAACUUUUUCAUAAUGCCGUAAGCAUAACAUCAUUUAUACCACAUGAUGAUGAGUGAUUGGUUCUUCUAAAUAAUCAAAUCUUAUUGGUUGCAAAAGUUAAUGUAUUACUUCACAAUGAAAGCGGUGGGAGUAAGUCAAUGCACAAGUUUCAAGAAAGUCACCUGGUCACUGUGGCAAGAAUUGAGCGGGUGGGAGGUCACUGUUCAGGUCAAGCAAGUCACAAGUCAAGUCACAUGAAAUUCUGACGAUCUCGCCCAGUUUCCACAUUUAUAAGUAAAAAGACAGUGGUCAUGAAAAGGUGAAUUUGAAUGUCAAAAUGAAUAGAAACUGUUGCAGCGUAUGCUUUUAUAAAUCUUGAUGAUAUUGGACAUGUUUGGCAAACAAUAACAAGCCUCUAACACCAAUGAAGAGUCCGUGUUAGCAGCGUCCUGUGUUGUGUCCUUGCAGGUUGACAGCUUUUUGUACAAUGCAGCGCGACAGAAAUCACUAAAGCAUGUUUCAAAACAAAACACACCCUCUCUCAAUAUUCAGAAAAACACAAAAGUCUUUUCAAGUCAUCCAUCUCAAGUCAUGAAUAACAAGUCAGAGUCAAGUUGAGUCAUUUGUCAGUGUCAGUACAUAAAGCAAGUUCCUAAAAUUUG